AUGGCCAUGACAAUGCAGCAGCAGAAUGCUGUCUUUCCCAAAUCCCACGUCGGCUUCGACUCCAUCACUCAGCAAAUCGAGAAGAAGUUGUUGAAGAGAGGUUUUCAGCUGAACAUUGUCUGCGUCGGUCAGACUGGACUAGGGAAGAGCACACUCAUCAACACCCUGUUCUCAUCACACCUCAUCGACUCGAAAGGCCGACUUCGUCCAGAUGAGCCUAUCCGUUCGACGACGGAGAUCCAGACCGUCUCUCAUAUUGUCGAAGAGAACGGAGUGAGACUGAGACUGAACAUUGUCGAUACGCCAGGAUACGGAGAUUUGGUGAACAAUGACCGAUGCUGGGAUCCUGUGAUCAAGUACAUCAAAGACCAACACUCCGCCUACCUCCGCAAAGAGCUUACAGCACAACGAGAGCGUUACAUCCAAGACACCCGUAUUCAUUGCUGCCUUUUCUUCAUUCAGCCAUCUGGUCACAGCCUCAAACCUAUUGACAUUGUGGUGUUGAAGAAGCUCUCCGAUGUUGUGAAUGUCGUGCCAGUCAUCGCAAAGGCUGAUUCCCUGACACCCGAGGAACGCAGAGCUUUCAAGGAGAGAAUUCGGGAAGAGUUCCAGUUCCACAACCUUCGAAUGUACCCAUACGACAAUGAGGAUCUGGAUGAUGAGGAACGAGCCACCAACUCCACCAUCAAGGAACUUGCUCCUUUCGCGGUGAUUGGCAGCGAACGCUCCAGCGUGAUCAACGGCAGGCAAGUGCCUACACGGCAACACAGAUGGGGAACAAUCAACGUUGAGGACGAGAACCAUUCAGACUUCAUCUACCUGCGCAACUUCCUUCUCCGCACCAACCUGCAAGACCUGAUUGAAACUACCAGCCAGAUUCACUACGAGACAUUCAGAGCCAAGCAAUUGUUGGCACUCAAGGAAAGCAGCGCUGCAAGCGGUAUGGCAGGUAGCAGGCCAAUCAGCCCUGCCGCCGAUCGGGAGUUGUCUCGAGGCUCGCAGCGCAUGACCAUGAACGGAUAUUAA